AUGACUUGGAAUGUCACUGGUUCAUUAACUGUGGCUUCUGAAUUUGAGAUAGGACAAGAGUUCGCCUCAUUGCAGCAAUUAAAGAAUUUUGUGAAAGCAUGGUCGAUCUCUAGAAACCAGAUGUUUCGGGUGUUAGAGUCAGAGCCCACAAAGUAUGUCAUUGAAUGUGCUAGAAAGGAAGUGUGUCACUGUCCAUGGAGGUUGCGUGCAAUCAUGACUAAGUCGUUCUCAUUCAAAAUUGUACGAUAUGUUGGUCCACAUGCAAGCAAUUGUUUAGGAGACAUAACAUGUGGAGACCAUCCUCUCAUUUCAUCAGAUUUCGUUGCUGAUCUUAUCGAGGAUUUCAUUAGGACUGAUCCUUCAUUCAAAGUUCAGUCCAUCCUUACUUUUGUGAAGAACCAAUAUCAAUUUUCAAUAACAUAUAAGAGAGCUUGGUUAGCAAAACAAAAGGCAAUCAGCAAUAUUUUUGGUGAUUGGGAGAAGUCGUAUCAAGAGUUACCGAGGUACUUGCAAGCCUUGAAAGAGUCCAAUCGAGGCACUGUCGUUUACUGGAGUACGAUCCCAACACAAGAUCCUACUACGCACAUCUUUAGGAGGGUCUUCUGGGCCUUUAAACCCUCCAUUUCCGGAUUCCGUCAUUGUCGGCCUCUUAUCACUAUAGAUGGUACUCACUUGUACGGGAAAUACAAAGGCAAAUUAUUGAUUGCUAUGGGAACAGAUGCUAAUUUCCAGCUAUUCCCACUUGCCUUUGCUGUUGUGGAGGAAGAAAGCACGGAGGACUGGUCUUGGUUUUUAGCUUGCAUUAGACGUUCCGUCACAGAUAGAAAGGAUUGUGUGUCAUCUCUGAUCGUCAUAGGGGUAUCCUUGCAGCUAUGA